AUGCGUAUUACUGACCCUAAUUUUUUCACGGUGGAUGCGGUCGAAUUAGCCCAAAAAUUACUCGGAAAAAUUUUGGUGCGAAAAAUUAACGACCAAAUCAUUAAAGUCAAGAUUGUGGAAACUGAAGCCUAUAUGGGAUUGACCGAUAGAGCCUGCCACUCUUAUCAAACAAAUCGGCCACGAAAAAAAGCCGCCGCUUUGUAUAAUCGAGGCGGCUGCGUCUAUGUUUUUCUUAUUUAUUACCGAUACUAUUGUUUUAAUAUUUCCUCCUCUUGGGUUGGUGACCCGCAAGGGGUUUUAAUUCGGGCCGUUGAACCACUUGACCAUCACACUAUCCCUGUUAUUUCUCAUCACGACAAGAAAAAAAAACAGCAUUAUCAUACCAAUGGCCCGGGUAAAUUAUGCCGAGCUUUGCAGAUUGACCUUAGUUUAAACCACCUAGAUUUAACUACCAAUAAUUUAAUUUACUUAGAAGACCAACCACUACUCACCGCAGAAGCAAUCAUUGCCACCGCGAGAAUUAACAUUGACUACGCCAAGGAGGACAAAGACCAUUUAUGA